ACAAGGCGCUCUUUAAGCUCCGGUGUUGCCACACAGAGCAGCCAUUCAUCGGCUCUACAGUCAGCCACACACACUCCCAUGUUGAACCACUGGACAUCUAAAUUGGUGUAACUGGUUUUGCUGAAACGGAUUUCCAGCCGACGGUGGAAAGGAUUUGGACACUUUUACGCAGCAUUAUGGCUUUGCCUGAGAAGAGUCAGCAAUAACUGGGAUCGUCGCAGACAUCUUAUUCAGUUUGAACCAAUCAGUUAGCCUCCAGUGAAUAGUUUGGACUCCUUAAAAAGAAGUUUUGCAUUAGUUGGUUGGUUGUCUUGUCAUUAGUUCAAGGUAAAAACAAAUACAUAAAUAAUGUCCGGUGAGGAGCACAGCCUGUCUGAGGCGGAACUGAGUCCGGGAGGGUCAGACGAUGGUCACUCCCUGUCACCGACUCAACCCGGAGCGCCAACCCGCCAGGACUCACCUCUGACCGGGCCGCCGCAGCAGCUGACCUCGCUCUGUGUCGCGGAUGGGAGCGAGGAGGAUGGAGGGGAUAGAGCCAAAUCAGAGAUCGAGGACGAUCGCUUUCCGAUCGGCAUCAGGGAGGCGGUCAGUCAGGUGCUGGACGGAUAUGACUGGACACUUGUGCCUAUGCCGGUGCGCGUUAACAACGGAAACAAAGCUAAGCCCCACGUCAAGAGGCCCAUGAACGCCUUCAUGGUGUGGGCGCAAGCGGCGAGGAGGAAACUGGCCGACCAGUACCCCCACCUGCACAACGCGGAGCUCAGCAAGACCUUGGGCAAACUGUGGAGGCUGCUGAACGAAAGCGACAAGAGGCCAUUCAUCGAGGAGGCGGAGAGGCUGAGGAAACAGCACAAGAAGGACUACCCGGAGUACAAGUAUCAGCCCCGGAGACGCAAAAACGGCAAACUAGCGCCUGCUAAUGAGUCCGACAGCCAGGGGGAAGGGGAGGCCAGCCACUCCCAGUCACACUACAAGACCCUGCAUCUGGAGCACAACGGUGGGGCUGGGUCUCCCCUGGGUGACCUGCACCACCACCACCAUCACCACCACCAUCCUGCUGGUCAGGGUCACAGCCCACCCACGCCCCCCACCACCCCAAAGACAGAACUCCAGUCUGGGAAACUGUCAGAUGCCAAGAGGGAGGGGGCAGCAGGAGCGGCCGGAGGAUCAGGGGGGUCCAGGGGAGCUCUUGGGGUGGGGGCUGAAGGGGCAUCUGGUGGUCCAUCAUCUUCGAGCGCUAAACCCCACAUCGACUUUGGCACCAUGGACAUUGGCGAGAUAAGCCACGAGGUGAUGUCCAACAUUGAACCGUUUGACGUAAACGAGUUCGACCAAUACCUUCCGCCAAAUGGCCACCCGCAGAGUGGAACCGGUGCCCCUACGGCUGGAUCCUCAGCUUCAUCUUACGCCUAUGCCCUGGCUGCUGCCAGUGGCCACUCAGCAUGGCUCUCCAAACAACAGCAGCAGCCUCAGGCCUCUCCGUCUUCCUCCGACCCCUCCAAGGCCCAGAUCAAGAGCGAGUCAGCGGCCGGGAGCCACUACGCCGAGGCCUCGUCCUCUCCCUCUUCAGGCACCCAUGUCACCUACACCCCGCUCAGCCUCCCUCAUUAUGGCUCUGCUUUCCCCUCGCUGGCCUCCAGGGCUCAGUUUGAGUACGGAGAGCACCAGGCCCCCGGGGCAUACUAUGCCCACUCCAGCCAGGCCCCGGGGCUGUACUCAGCCUUCUCCUACAUGGGCCCUACACAGAGGCCUCUGUACACUACCAUAGGAGACCCCUCCAGCGUGGCCCCCUCUCACAGCCCCACACACUGGGAGCAGCCUGUUUACACCACACUCACAAGACCUUGAGGGAGACCAGCUGAGCAGAGGGAAAUAUGGGAAGUGUGUGAGUGGAUCUGUCUGUGGGUGUGCAAAUAUAUGAGUGUGUGAAUGUGUAUGUGUGUGUGCAUGUGUGUGUGUGUGUGUGUGUGUGUGUGUGCCCGUGCCAUAUUGAUGUUAGAGGUUUUUACUUUUUUAGCCAAUAUAAUGCAAGACGCAUCCACAGGGGCCUUACACAGUUUAAAAAACAGCCACAAACUCACACAAUAUAAAGUGUGAAUCAUGGGUGAACUGCCAAUCAAAAAUUAAAUAAACCUUAACAAAUGUGUGCCAUCAUAAAUUUUAUAAGUCGGGAUGUACAGUAAGUUUGUAUACAAGAAGUAGACAAGUGAGACGCUGAGAGUGAACAGACGAUGCAUUGAUGAGUGACUCUGAUUUGACCUGGAAACGAUGGGUUUCGACUGACAUAAUCAGAUUUUAUUAACCAAACUAAAGCAGAUGUUUUUGAUGUUAUUGUGUUAUUUUAUAUGUGUAGUAAGUUUAUUGUUGUUGUUGAUAUCCUAGGGUGUAACUUUAUUGUGACUGAUUUGAUAUUACACUAAUACAUCUGCACCACUGCUUUGGGAAAAGCAUAUUUUGUUUCAAUAAGAUAUUCCCUGGGGUUGUUCUUUUGUGGCCAGAAAAGGAUAGUUGCAACCUUUUUUUUUUCAUGAUAGUACACUCUGAAUUUCUGACUUCACUGAACUGAAGAAUUAAGCAUUUAAGGGGAAAAAAAAGGAAAAAGAGAGGGAAAGGAAGCUCUUAAAGAUGUAUUUUAGCUUGACGCUCAGUUUUGGACACUUACCUCAACUCUGUAAAUUUUGUGCCAAUAGCAAAGGAAAAAUACGACACUGGAUACCUGAUCAAAUAAUGAUAAAGGUAUUCAGACUUUCAGAAACCUCCGCUUCAGUCUUCCUUUUUGCUUUUUGAGUGCCUAACAUUUUGCUGAUUCGCAUCUGAUUUUUUUUUCCAAUAACUGAGUUAAAAUCUAUAAGUACAAAGUCUCAACCAAAUCUUUUCAGAUAAUUGGCCAGCUUCGGGUCCUGCUUAAGGAUUAGAAUCACAUGUACGACCGCUCUGCACUGCAUGUGGGCCAAAAGCAUGUUUUCGUCUUUGCAGUUUGUCCUAUAUUGUACCCAAAUUGCCCUCUUCCUCCUCAGCAAUGUGAAUAAUGGUCAUUACCACAGGCUUCACCUUUAUGAUGUGAUGCAUUCUUUAUCAUUUUAUACUGACCCUCUUACCAUGUAGUUAUUAUUUUUUAUGUAAGUAAUAAUGCAUUGUGUGUCACACCUUUGCUUCUUCCAUUUUGUAUAAUUCUGGAUAGUUUUGUAAAGUGUUUGCUAUACAUUCACUUGAGUAUUUUGCUUCCAUACAAGAAAAGCAAUGUUGAAAUUUUAUUGUUGUCAUCUAUUAAAU